AGGCAGUCGAAGCGCGCGGCUGCAGCGGCGGAGCCUGAGCCCGGAGCCGGAGCCGCGGCCGGAUCGCAGCCCGCGGGGCCCGCCGCAGCCAUGGGCAACCGCGGAAUGGAAGAUCUCAUCCCGCUGGUCAACCGGCUGCAGGACGCUUUCUCCGCCAUCGGCCAGAACGCUGACCUCGACCUGCCUCAGAUAGCCGUGGUGGGCGGCCAGAGCGCGGGCAAGAGCUCGGUGCUGGAGAAUUUCGUAGGCAGGGACUUCCUGCCCCGAGGAUCUGGCAUCGUCACCAGACGCCCCCUGGUCCUGCAGCUGGUCAAUGCCACCACAGAAUAUGCCGAGUUCCUGCACUGCAAGGGGAAGAAAUUCACCGACUUCGAGGAGGUGCGUCUGGAGAUCGAGGCUGAGACCGACCGGGUCACAGGCACCAACAAAGGCAUCUCGCCGGUGCCCAUCAACCUCCGCGUCUACUCGCCGCACGUGCUGAACCUGACCCUGGUGGACUUGCCCGGAAUGACCAAGGUCCCGGUGGGAGACCAACCUCCCGACAUCGAGUUUCAGAUCCGGGACAUGCUCAUGCAGUUCGUCACCAAGGAGAACUGCCUCAUCCUGGCCGUGUCCCCGGCCAAUUCCGACCUGGCCAACUCCGAUGCCCUCAAGAUCGCCAAGGAGGUGGACCCUCAGGGUCAGCGCACCAUCGGCGUCAUCACCAAGCUGGACCUGAUGGACGAGGGCACGGACGCCCGAGACGUGCUGGAGAACAAGCUGCUGCCCCUGCGCAGAGGCUACAUCGGGGUGGUGAACCGGAGCCAGAAGGACAUCGAUGGCAAAAAGGACAUCACGGCCGCCCUGGCGGCCGAACGCAAGUUCUUCCUGUCCCACCCAUCCUACCGACACUUGGCUGACCGGAUGGGCACACCCUACCUGCAGAAGGUCCUCAACCAGCAACUGACCAACCACAUCCGGGACACGCUGCCGGGGCUGCGGAACAAGCUGCAGAGCCAGUUGCUGUCCAUUGAGAAGGAGGUGGAAGAGUACAAGAACUUCCGUCCUGACGACCCGGCACGCAAGACCAAGGCCCUGCUGCAGAUGGUCCAGCAGUUCGCCGUGGACUUUGAGAAGCGCAUCGAGGGCUCGGGGGACCAGAUCGACACCUACGAACUGUCGGGGGGAGCCCGCAUCAACCGCAUCUUCCACGAGCGCUUCCCCUUUGAGCUGGUCAAGAUGGAGUUCGACGAGAAGGAGCUCCGAAGGGAGAUCAGCUAUGCCAUUAAGAAUAUCCAUGGCAUCAGAACGGGGCUCUUUACCCCAGACAUGGCCUUUGAGACCAUUGUGAAAAAGCAGGUGAAGAAGACCCGAGAGCCGUGUCUCAAGUGUGUGGACAUGGUUAUCUCGGAGCUAAUCAGCACCGUUAGACAGUGCUCCAAGAAGCUCCAGCAGUACCCCCGGCUGCGAGAGGAGAUGGAGCGGAUCGUGACCACCCACAUCCGGGAGCGCGAGGGCCGCACCAAGGAGCAGGUCAUGCUCCUCAUCGACAUCGAGCUGGCGUACAUGAACACCAACCACGAGGACUUCAUCGGCUUUGCCAAUGCGCAGCAGAGGAGCAGCCAGAUGAACAAGAAGAAGACCUCAGGCAACCAGGAUGAGAUUCUGGUCAUCCGGAAGGGCUGGCUGACCAUCAACAACAUCGGCAUUAUGAAGGGAGGCUCCAAGGAGUACUGGUUUGUGCUGACCGCCGAGAACCUGUCCUGGUACAAGGAUGACGAGGAGAAAGAGAAGAAAUACAUGCUGUCCGUGGACAACCUGAAGCUGCGGGACGUGGAGAAGGGCUUCAUGUCCAGCAAGCACAUCUUCGCCCUGUUUAACACGGAGCAGAGGAAUGUCUACAAGGAUUAUCGGCAGCUGGAACUGGCCUGCGAGACACAGGAGGAGGUGGACAGCUGGAAGGCCUCUUUCCUGCGGGCUGGAGUGUACCCCGAGCGUGUGGGGGACAAGGAGAAGGCCAGCGAGACCGAGGAGAAUGGCUCGGACAGCUUCAUGCACUCCAUGGACCCACAGCUGGAGCGGCAGGUGGAGACCAUCCGGAACCUGGUAGACUCGUACAUGGCCAUCGUCAACAAGACCGUGCGGGACCUGAUGCCUAAGACCAUCAUGCAUCUGAUGAUCAACAACACCAAGGAAUUCAUCUUCUCGGAGCUGCUGGCCAACCUGUACUCGUGCGGGGACCAGAACACACUGAUGGAGGAGUCGGCCGAGCAAGCGCAGCGGCGAGACGAGAUGCUGCGCAUGUACCACGCGCUGAAGGAGGCUCUCAGCAUCAUCGGCGACAUCAACACGACCACUGUCAGCACGCCCAUGCCCCCUCCCGUGGACGACUCCUGGCUGCAGGUGCAGAGUGUACCGGCUGGACGCAGGUCACCCACGUCCAGCCCAACGCCGCAGCGCCGAGCCCCCGCCGUGCCCCCAGCCCGGCCCGGGUCGCGGGGCCCUGCUCCUGGGCCUCCGCCUGCUGGGUCCGCCCUGGGGGCGGCGCCCCCCGUGCCCUCCAGGCCGGGGGCUUCCCCUGACCCCUUCGGCCCUCCCCCCCAGGUGCCCUCGCGCCCCAACCGUGCCCCGCCUGGGGUCCCCAGCCGAUCGGGUCAGGCAAGUCCGUCCCGUCCUGAGAGCCCCAGGCCCCCCUUCGACCUCUAACCAGAUCCCUUCUCUUCCUCGGAGACUUCCCUCUCCAAGCCUGCCUGGACGGCUGCUCUGUGACCUGGCAGUGGCUCCCCAAGCCUCCCCCUCCAUCUGUGACUUAGUCCAUUGUAGUGGUGAGCUGACACACCCAGCGUGACGUUGGUGAAACUCGUGCCCCUCUGUGGUGUUUCUCCUGCCCUGUUCUAUAAAUAUCUAUAAAUACUUAUAUAUAUAUACAUAUAUAUAUACACACGCGCACACGCACACACACACAUACACACACACAUGAAUAUAUAUGGCUGGCACAGCCUCACCCCUUGUGCUGGGAGUUACCGUGCUUGUCUUUGAGGAGUCUUGUGGCCCAACUGCAAGGAAACACUGUCACCCUACCAUCCUCCUCCAAAGCGUGCCACCUCCGAUGAGCUUCCCUGUCAUGCCGGCCUGUGGACAGCCACCCCCUUUCUGCCCCCCAGCCCAUCUUUCCCCCCUUGUGUGCGGGGGCGCUGUCCCGGCAGCUGCGUGGUUCUCUGACCGCUACCAGUCUUGCUGUCUCUUGGCUGAGAAUAAAACCCAUUUCUGGACGAUGGGGAACUGUG